UAGCUCUAUCAUUCCCAUUGCAUAUAUAUGAGUAAGAUUGGGGGUCUCCCUUAAUUUGUUCAAGUAAACCUGCAGUUGAUAAGAAAUGCCAAAGAUUCAAGAAACAGAUUCAAUCUCGACAUGGACAAGAAGAGAAAAUAAACUGUUCGAGAAUGCAUUGGCUUCACAAGACGAGGAUGCUCCUGACCGGUGGCAAAACAUUGCAAAGGCUACAGGGAAAGCUGUGGAAGAAGUCAAGGCAUACUACCAAUUGUUGGUUGAAGAUCUGAAACUAAUCGAGUCCGACCAAGUGCCAAUACCAAACUACAUAGAGCACAGACACGAAAGAGCAGAUUGCCUGAAGCGGAAAGAAUGCAUCUGAAUAUGGAGUCAGAGUGUAUUACAUUCUUUGAGAAAUGCUUACUUUUCAAACUGAAGCAUAGCUAGAUACAAAAAUUACUAUGUUGUAAGCAUUAAUAAAAUAAAACAUUUGAU